AUGAAACACCCUGGUAUUUCUCUAUUGGCAGGGGCCAAGUUUGUGUUUCCGCCGGACAUGGUGGCUCCAGAAAGACGCCGCGGUGAUGGUGUGACCUACGUCAAUAUUCCCAUCAGCCCCAUGUCUAAGAAACAGCUGAACUACAUGGAGUUGGAACAUCAGGAGCAUGCUGGGGUCAGGGGGACCGGCCAACACCUUCCAGGACAGAGUAAGAGCCCAUUUUCUCAAUAACAACCUGUCUUUGGUGGUCUGCUCUUCUGUGAUUCCAAUGUCUUCGGUCUUGCUAUGAAUUUUUCUACAGCCAAUUGACAUGAUGUGCCUCUUGAAGUGCACAUGCCUAAUUGGGGAGGACAGGCUCAUAGUAAUGGCUGGAACGGAAUAAAUUCACUCCAUUCCAGCCUUUAUUAUGAACCGUCCUCCCCUGACAUGUAAGUACACUGUAUAUUCAAAGUGAUAUUGUCAUCAAAGACAAUAUCAAGCGGCACACAGUGUAUUUAUUGCGUGAGCACAAGACUCAAGUGUGAACAUUUGUAUUUCAGACUUCUUGGUGGUUGCUCUUGGUGGUUGCUCACACUAGAACGGUAGGAAAAGAAUGGUAGUGCUGAGCGAUUAACCGAAAUGUCGGUUAAUAAUUCCCGUUAUUAAACAACUAAUUGACCGACAUCAAGAACUAUGUGGGACGCUGGGCUGAAGGGAGUUGUAGAUUUCAUUAAGCAAAUAUUCAACCUAGUUCAGCUCAGAAGUCAAGUCUCAAGUCUUUUAGGGCCAAGUCUAAGUCAAGUCAGAAGUCCCUUUUGGCAAUGGCUUUCUGCUUGCUGUGGGUUAGGUCUAUAAACCUUGUAAAUUAUUUGGAGACUCCCUUCAUUAGUCCAUACUUGUAUGAAAGAAAGCACAUCAGGCACUAUUUAAAUUAAAAUAAAUGUCCUUUUAAAAUGUAGACAGUUUACAUGAAGAAAAGUAACUGUACCGGAUAUGAAAAAAAGCAAACAUAACAUUUUAAAGUGCGUGGUAUUUUGUGGCAGACAUUGUCUAUAUUUCACUUCAUUCUGUCACACAAACAGAACAUCUGUAGGUGAGGGAAGAUAAAUGACAAGUAUAAAUGUAAACUAAAAUGACUGUCAACUGUUCAAUAACUGCCCUACUAAAGUGUUCUAUAUACCUACAAUAUACUUACUGACCUGGACACUUAACAGAAACACCAUUUCCUGUAACAAGUAGCGAAUUACGUCCUGUGCCCUAAGACAGAGAACAUUUCUGUUGCAGACAGGUUACAUUUCAGAAAGAUCAAGUUUGUCUGCGUUCUUGCGCUGAGCCUGGCACGAUGAGGGCACAUGAUGAGGCCUCCAUGACUAAACACUCUCUCCACUGGGGCACUGGUGGCAGGCACAGCCAACACUGUCAUUGCUACCUGCUUGAGCCUUGGAAAGGCUUUUGCAUGGAUUCUCCAAAAAUCCAAGCAAUCAACUUCAUUUUCAUCAGAAGAUACUUGAAUGUAGUGAAUAAUCUCUGCUCUGACAGAUGACUUUAUGUCUCCUUUCUUCUUGCUGAUCUUGUUGUGGUAGCCAGAGAACAGUCUGGAGUUUUUGGCAGGUGGUUGUUCUUCUUCUCCACUACUGCUCUCCGUAACGGUGACUUUCCAUGUCUCAGCCAAAACAAGGUCUGAAAAAUGUUCAUUAAAUUAUGUAUAUAAUCAAGAAUAUAACAGGAUACAUUAUACAUGAAAACAAAUUCUAUUUUAUUUGAAUGUAAGUGGCAUAGAAAACGUUGCAUGUUGCAAUGCAUUGUACCUACCAAUCAGACUCUCCUUCAAUUCAGCUUUAUCUUCAUGUGGUUGAGGACAUCAUGAUCAAGCCAGAACAGGCAGAAAGAUGGGUCCAGCAGUGCAGCCAUUAUGCAUACAUUGUCACCAAAGUGACAUUUUGUUGCCUGUUCAUCCGAGUGCUCCAUUCUGACAUUCACAAACAUCCCAUGGAAUCGGCGUUUGAGGGACUGCUCAGUGCUUUUACAAGACUGACUAGGUGACGACUAGUAUACUUUUCAGAUGAUAGUUGAGUGACAGUACACAAGGAAGGGCAGCACUGAGUCACCACUUUCUCCCCCUGAGUAAGGUCGGUGGCCUGGAAAAAAGGGUCCAAAAUGUCCACUAGCUCCAAUAGCUGGCUCCAUUCCCUUGAUGAUUAGCAGAGAUCCUUGUGUCCUUGGGCCUCAAGUAGAGUAUUGAGGCUUUGUUGAUUCAGAUUGGUGACUGCUUUAACAAGCCGGAGGAUGGAAUUCCAUCUCGUAGACACAGCAGCAGGGAUACUACGAUUGGCUCCGAACAUAGCUUCAAAUGCUUCUUUCAGACCACAGGUAGUAUGUAGUAAGCUGCAAAGUUUAGUUACCUUAGCCAUCACACAGUUUAUGAUUUUUGUUUCCUUUAGUCCAUCUCUAAUCACAAGUUGUAAUGAAUGGGCAAAGCACUGUAAGCGCUGUUGCCUGCAGUUGGUUUGGAUAGCUUCAACAUCAGCAUUGUACUCUUCACCAAAUUCUUCCCAUAGGCUGGAGUUAUCCACAUCAUCAUCAUCAUCAUCAUCGCUUGCUUUGGGGAAACAAACUGUGAAGGCCUUUUUCAUAUUUGCAGCGUUAUCACAUAUGAUAUAAUCUAAUUUAUGUUUUAUGCCAAAAUUAUCACAUAUUACUUCAAAUGUAUCACUGGUUCUUUCCCCAGUGUGUGACCCUGUGAAUCUAUCACAGCUCAACAGAACUGACUCCAGUUUGGGAGUUCUCUUCUCUUCCAUGGCCAUGUAAUGGGCCGUUACUCCAAUGAAGCCCCUCAUGGUCCUGUCAGUCCAUAUAUCUACAGCGACAGACACUGAUUCUGUCUUCUCUAGGGCACUUUUGAUUGUAGCCUCUUUGUUCAGUGUUAAGUCAUGCAGGUGCCUGGUCAACGUGGGCCUACUUACUGGUCUAUAUUUGUCAUCUACCACUGACAUGAAAUGCCUAAAGUGAGGGUUGUCCACUAAGGACAUAGGCAGGUUGCAGGAAAUGAUCAGGUCUUGCAGUAUAGCCUCUGUUAUGGCCUUCUGCCUGGGGUGGCCCUGGCUGUACACAUGGACACCUGUGGUGGUCAAGAAUUAGUCAAUGCUGCUCUGUCCUUCUGUCCCUGCGCUGGCCACCUUUGCUUUGCAGAAUUCAGUGAACAACAUGAUGGAUAGUUGUUGCUGACUUGAGAUGGAAGUACAAGGACACAAAUAUAUAUGGUCUAUGGGAUUUUUCAGCAGAAAUGUCCAAGAAGUUGCAUGCUUUGAACUCUCGUUUUAUACUAAAUUACUUCCUAGGACCAGGCUACAACAGAAAGUAUAUUAAAUCCCAUAGUGAUAUGCAUAUCGCUGAGAUGUAAUUUAAUAAUCUCUGAUAACAAGUAGGCCUAGCUAUCUGACAACCCACCUCUUAACCUUUCGAGAAAUAUUCGACAGUAAUACAUUUCCAGUUAGCUAAAAGAUGACACACAAGAAAGCUAGCUAUAUCAAGCUGGCAUCUGCUAAACAGGCUAUUAUUAGUCUAACCACAUUGUAAUGUUGUUAGCUAGCUAGCCUAACUGACCUUUCGCGGUGAGUUUUCAAAUGUCGGAUGAAGUUAGAUGUAUUUGCGGCAGCAUCUUUAAUGUUAAUUCCACAAGUUUUGCAAACGGCAUUUCGUUUUUUGCCACUGGCAUUAUACUGCAGGUUCUUGUAACCAAAUGUAAUAACGAAAGCCUCACCACCUGAUGACAUUGUUGCUGAUUACGAUUGUUUAGCUGUAGUACUACAGUGACGUACAAAUGACGCAGACGUUCUAGAACGCUUUUCAGCCCUCUGUAUUAAACUACUAUCUCUGUGUUACAAUGCCGCCUGUUCCAUGUUAUCUGACAGAAUGCACAACAAAAACUUAUCCCAGUACUGACUUGCAUUGUUCACGAGUCUCUCAUCUAGUCUCAAGUCAAUUGAUCAUGAGUCUAAGUCAAGUCGCAAGUCAUUUUCUUUGCGAAUUAAGUGCAACUCGAGUCCGAGUCUCAGACUCGAGUUUCCAUCUCUAUUAAUUACAAUUACCAUAAUUCAUUGCACCGGCUCGGACAGAGACUUUUUACGCCUGCUAAGUUAGGCUAGAUACACACAGACAGCAUGAGAGGGGAAUGUGCACAACACAACGACGAGAGGGACAGAGACAGUUGGUGAAAGUAUGCCUUAUCUACUUUGAAGAACUAGUUAAAUGAUUUCGUCAGACAAUUCUGCAGCAUACUUAAGCAGGCUAGCCUAGAUCAAUUGGAUGACUAAAGACAGUACAGUAGAGAGAUAACGUUGGUUGUCUGGCUGGCUGGCUGGCUGCUACUGCCUGAGCAGAGAUGAGAGGAUGACUUUAAGGAAUAAAAAAUAAUAAAGUAAAUAAAUAAAAACUAAUUAAUGUACAAAACUGAAAUAUUGUAUUAUUUCAUAGUAAUUUCCUAUUUUUCUGUUGAUGUCUACCUAAUGUGGACCUGACAGAGGCAAUGGAAUAUUUUCAAUGUUUUGGCAAUUGAAUGUUCACUAUUUUUGGCUUUGAGAUUUUCAUUAAAAAGCUCAAAUUAUUUGAAUGUCUUUAUUUCAUCAUGCAUUUAAUGUUUGAAAAAUAAUCAAAACGCCAAAAACGUGAUAAAAAAAAAAAAAGAAUGGACCGAAACCGAACCGACCUCAAAAAGCACGAAUCGCUCAGAACUACAGAAUGGUGAAGAGGGACAGGAUAGCUUGCGACCACUGGCAUAUCGAUUCCAAGAAGACUUGAGAGACUCUUGGUAAAUGAUAAUCCUCCAAUUCUUUUUCUCCCUUAGUCGGAGAUAAGGAAAUAACCCUUCAAUAAUCACGUUGAUUGCUCCCCGUCUUGCCGAGCAACAACUGUCAUCAGGCCCGGGGAUGCGAUAGCGCGGUCUAAUUGGCAGAAAGGUCAACCAUUAACGUCAUUACUCUCUGGGAAUAUGAGGGACAUUCUUGCUCAACGCGAGAAAGGUUCAUUUCCAAUGUCAGUGAGAGGGUUUCCGUCCCGGUGUGUGCCAUCAAAUGGCCACCCGGACUAUUUACAUUGACACCCCCUCCCCCUUUUGUUUUUACACUGCUGCUACUCUCUGUUUAUUAUCUAUGCAUAGUCACUUUACCCCUACCUACAUUUCAAAUGACCGACUAACCUGUACCCCCACACAUUGACUCGGUACCGGUACCCCCUGUAUAUAGCCUCGUUAUUGUUAUAUUAUUGUGUUAUUAUUAUUAUUUUUAUUUUUUAUUUAGUUUCUUUAGUAAAUACUUUAACUCUUUCUUGAACUGCGUUGUUGGCUAAGGGCUUGUAAGUAAGCAUUUCACAGUAAGGACCACACCUGUUGUUGUCAGCGCAUGUGACAAAUAAAAUUGGAUUUGAUUUGAUCCAUCUAUUACUUGGAGGAGCAGUGUUCCAGCUUAGCUGCGACAGAAGGUUAUAGGGCGUUCGAAAUACUGUGGUGAAGUCACUCGCUCUAAUGGGUCAUCUUCCCAGAAUGUUUUGACUUGAGUGUGUGCGCGGGUAUAAGGAUUUGUCCACUUUAUGAGAUCGCCUGGAGAAUGCAUAACUGAAGCAAUCUUGAAGUCGUUCUCAUUGCUUCCUCUGUAGCUCAAGGACAGGAAUAUAUUGCUGUUCUCUCAUUUUAAUGGUAAUCGUACACAAGCCUGAUCCCUCAGUGUUUUUUAAUAAACCUCUCUACCGUGUUUAUUCCAUUUUUAUUCAUGACGUCCUGAACGGAGGGUCAACAAUACUCGUUAACAUUACUAAUCUCAUGGACUGUAUGGUGUUUCUUCUCUCUACAGGGAAAAGUUCCACUAAAUACGCUCAUAUCGACAUCACUGCUACGGAUGCCGCCCACAAAACGGGUACCCAGCAUGCCCUGGGGAGAGAGGAGGGUCUUCACACCCUGGAGCAGAGGAGGAGGGGAGUACCACAGUGA